AUGCCCUCUACUCUCCCCGCCGGCAACGGCCAGCAGUCUGCUAACGACAACAUCACCCGUUUCGCUCCUCCCAGCCGGGUCCUCUCUCCCCCUUCAACACAGCCUCUUCCACAACAAGACACGAUGCUUCGUAUACUAACGGGGGGAAAUAGUGGCAUGCAACCCCGAGCCGUGCAGGGCAUGCUCGACUUUGACUUCAUCUGCAAGCGUACUACCCCCUCCGUGGCCGGUAUCAUCUACACUUUCGGUGGCCAGUUCGUCAGCAAGAUGUACUGGGGUACCAGUGAGACCCUCCUCCCCGUCUACCAGGAUGUCGAGAAGGCCAUGGCCAAGCACCCCGACGUUGACACCGUUGUCAACUUCGCCUCCUCCCGUUCCGUCUACUCCUCCACCAUGCAGUUGAUGGAGAACCCCCAGAUCCGCUCCAUUGCCAUCAUCGCCGAAGGUGUGCCCGAGCGUCGUGCCCGUGAGAUCAUGGUCACCGCCAAGGAGAAGGGUAUCACCAUCAUUGGUCCCGCCACCGUCGGUGGUAUCAAGCCCGGUUCCUACAAGAUCGGUAACACCGGUGGUAUGAUGGACAACAUCGUCGCCUCCAAGCUCUACCGCAAGGGUUCCGUCGGUUACGUCUCCAAGUCCGGUGGUAUGUCCAACGAGUUGAACAACAUUAUCUCCCAGAACACCGACGGUGUCUACGAGGGUGUUGCCAUUGGUGGUGACCGUUACCCCGGUACCACUUUCAUCGACCACUUGCUCCGUUACCAGGCUGAGCCUGAGUGCAAGAUCCUCGUCCUCCUCGGUGAGGUCGGUGGUGUUGAGGAGUACCGUGUGAUUGAGGCCAUCAAGAACGGCACCAUCACCAAGCCCAUCGUUGCCUGGGCUAUCGGAACCUGCGCCAGCAUGUUCCAGACCGAGGUCCAGUUCGGUCACGCCGGUGCCUCCGCCAACUCUGAGCUCGAGACCGCCGUUGCCAAGAACAAGGCCAUGCGCGAGGCUGGCAUUCACGUCCCCGAGACCUUCGAGGACCUUCCCCAGACCCUGAAGCAGGUCUACGAUGCCGAGGUCUCCAAGGGCUCCAUCACCCCCGCCCCUGAGCCCGUUGUCCCCAAGAUCCCCAUUGACUACUCUUGGGCCCAGGAACUCGGUCUCGUCCGUAAGCCCGCUGCCUUCAUCUCCACCAUCUCCGACGACCGUGGCCAGGAGCUGCUCUACGCCGGUAUGCCCAUCUCCGAUGUCUUCCGUGAGGAUAUCGGUAUCGGUGGUGUCAUGUCUCUCCUCUGGUUCCGCCGCCGUCUGCCUCCCUACGCCAGCAAGUUCCUCGAGAUGGUUCUGAUGCUGACUGCCGACCACGGUCCCGCCGUGUCCGGUGCCAUGAACACCAUCAUCACCACCCGUGCCGGAAAGGACCUCAUCAGUGCUCUCGUCUCCGGUCUCCUCACCAUUGGUUCUCGCUUCGGUGGUGCCCUGGACGGCGCCGCUGAGGAGUUCACCAAGGCCUUCGACAAGGGCCUGAGCCCCCGUGACUUCGUCGACAUCAUGCGCAAGGAGAACAAGCUCAUCCCCGGUAUCGGCCACAAGGUCAAGUCCCGCCAGAACCCCGAUCUCCGUGUCGAGCUCGUCAAGGAGUUCGUCAAGAAGCACUUCCCCAGCACCAAGCUGCUCGACUACGCCAUUGCCGUUGAGACCGUCACCACCUCCAAGAAGGACAACCUCAUUCUCAACGUCGACGGCUGUGUCGCCGUCUGCUUCGUCGACCUUCUCCGCAACUGCGGUGCCUUCACCCCCGAGGAGACCGAGGAUUACAUGCGCAUGGGUGUUCUCAACGGUCUCUUCGUUCUCGGCCGCUCCAUCGGUCUCAUUGCCCACUACCUCGACCAGAAGCGCCUGCGCACCGGUCUCUACCGCCACCCCUGGGAUGACAUCACCUACCUUCUCCCCACCCUCCAGAAGGGCGGUGCCGAGGGCCGUGUUGAGGUCAACCUGUGA